AAAAAAAAGAAAGAAAAGGGGGUUAUCAUAAAAGCCUGUCAAAGAGCAGCCUCUGCCUUCUGCCGUGGAUCUCCUUCUCCCUUUCUCUCCAUUUUUCGUAUCGCAUAAUUAUUAGAGAGGGCGAGUUAAGAGAGAGAGAGAGAGAGAGAGAGAGAGAGAGAGAGAGGGGGGUGAAAGUGCGCGGAAAGACCAAUUUGACCUUCGGUCUUCGUCUUCGUGACUUCGUCCUCUCUCUCACGCUGCUGAUUUGUUAUCUCGUUAAUUCGUUUCUUUGUUUGUAAGGACACCAUGAACGAGAAGGCCAAUGUUUCCAAAGAGCUCAACGUCAAGCACAGAAAGAUACUGGAAGGACUUCUUAAAUUGCCAGAGAAUAGGGAAUGUGCUGACUGCAAGUCUAAAGGUCCAAGAUGGGCUAGCGUGAAUUUAGGCAUCUUUAUAUGCAUGCAAUGUUCUGGGAUCCAUAGAAGCCUUGGGGUACACAUAUCAAAGGUACGGUCUGCUACCCUAGACACUUGGCUUCCGGAGCAGGUUGCCUUUAUUCAAUCAAUGGGAAAUGAGAAGGCAAAUAGUUACUGGGAAGCAGAUCUACCCCCAAAUUAUGAUAGAGUUGGAAUUGAGAACUUUAUUCGUGCAAAGUAUGAAGAGAAGAGAUGGAUUUCUAGGGAUGGAAAGCCAAAAUCACCGACUAGAGGGCAGGAAGACAAGGCUUCCAUGCAUUGGCAGGGACCUGGGGAAAGAAGUGGGAAGGACCAUAUUUCUAGUUCCGAAAAUACAUUUGAGGAAAGGAAGAAUGCACGGCCACAUAGUUCUAGUCCUGCUACAAGGAUUACCGUUCCUGUUCCACCUAAAGGACCUGAGAAGGUUACUCCGAUGCCAAAGCCCCAGCAUGCUGAGAAAAUAGAACCGCCACCAGCAGUGCCCCAAGAUGAAGCAACAAAACAGCCUUUGGAUGCCGCUUCUGCUGUCUCUCCACCAAAAGUUGACUAUGCAACUGACCUUUUCAACAUGUUAUCCUUGGAUGCUCCAAGUGAAAAUGGCUCAGGGGCAGCUUUGCCUGAUGAUAAUGCUUGGGCAGGUUUCCAGUCUGCUGGAGAAGCUUCAACAGCUGAGAAAACUGGUCCGACAAAACCUCUUGAAAUUAGUCCCCAGUCAACUUCUGGAAUUGAGGAUCUUUUUAAAGAUUCACCUUCAGUAAUGCCUGCUCCAGUUUCAAAGAAACCCCAGAAAGAUUUAAAAAAUGAUAUUAUGAGCCUUUUUGAGAAGUCAAGCAUGGUGUCUCCAUUUUCUGCACAUCAACAACAACUUAUGAUGCUAGCUCAGCAACAGUCCCUUCUCAUGGCUGCUGCAGUUAAGUCUGCCGGUGGGGACUCAAAAGUUCUUGCGGCUAUACAACAACCUGCAUCCAAUGGCAGUAUCAAUUUGCCCACUCAAAGUUGGGGAAAUACUGGUCACCAGAUGCCUGGAAUGACGAGGAACAUGUGGCCAGCAUAUCAAGUGGGGAGCUCUGUUCCAUAUCCAACACCUAGCUUGUAUCAUAUGGGGCAAGCCACCCCAGUUAAUGGUGUUUCCGCCGCUCCAGUGAGUAAGCCUCAAUCCACAUCAGCAGUAUCAUCUGUGCCUCCAACUCAAUCAGGGAAGGAGUAUGAUUUCUCCUCCUUAACGCAAGGGAUGUUUUCAAAACCGUGAGUUGUCUUUCGGAUGACAAUGCUUGCUUUGCCAUACCAUACAAAAAUAGAUGAAUUACAGGAAAAAUAGCCCUUGGACUUUUUCUUACCUGUACUCUGAAGGUUGUAAGCCAUUUGUAGAGGGAGUUCAGUUUUUUUCCUUCAUAUCUGAGUGAUUGCUUCAUUUGUAUCAGUAGGUGUAUCUGAAGUAAUAAAAUGAGUUUAGAUUGAUUA